AUGAAGGGCAGAGCUCACAUUUGGUUUGCCCUCCUGUUGGCUUGCCUACCCCCGCGUUUUAAAAAUUUAGACAAGGACGUUCCUUCCCCGGUAUGUAGAACGGACGACGUGUACACGGGUGAUGCCUUUUACCCUUUCAAGAAAAAAAAAUACAUCCUCUAUGAUGUGAACAUAGGAGAAGGCUUCAAUCUGCAGAAGGAAGUACUGUACCGGGUCGCGCUGGCCGUGUACUACCUCAACCAGGCGGAGCGGACACAAGUGCAUUAUCUUGUGUUACCUCCCUGGUGCUACGUCACCCAUUGGGGAAGGGAGAAAAAGGACAAGAAAAUGAAGUGGGGCGUUUUCUUCAAUCUUAAGGCUCUACAAAAUGUGAUCCCCGUGAUGGAAUACACUGAAUAUGAGGAUCAGUUUGGGCCACACGCGGACUACAUCCUUUCGUAUCGACAUGUCAUUGGAGAUUGGUCAAAAGGGGUGGAAAAAAAAAGCUUCCAACUUGUGGACAUGGAUAAAUGUCAAGUGAAAAAUUACAAAUUGAAAAAAAAUUCAUGUAAAAAUUGUGACCAUAAAUAUUCAGUUGUAUAUUCAGGAAAUUGCACAAACGUGAAAGGAAAAAAAGCAGAGUGUUUAGAAUUUUUUUUUAUAACUAGCUAUUUUGUAAGUUCUACGCUUUCAGACAUAUUUCACUACGACACGGAUUCUGUCUUAAUUAAAAAUGGCAACAACAUCCUGGUGGCUUUCGUGAACGAAUUGAUGGAAGCCAAUUUGGAGGAUGUUCUUCCAUACAGUGAAUAUUUAAUAAAUGAGGGAAACCAGUUUGUUGAGAAAAUUUUCAAGUCGAGUAAUAAUUACAUAAGUUGCCAUCUGAGGUAUACAGACUUUAAGAAAAUCUCCACAUAUGACGUGUCUCCUGUAGGCAUUUCUCUUUUAAAAUUGCUUUACAUUAUGUUUAUGCGAAAGAGCAACAUCAUUUUUGUAUCAACUGAUGAGAAAAAACAAGUUAGAAAAGUGAUAGCUAGCCAAUUUCCUCAAUUUCAACAUUUUUUUUUUUUUUACGAAAAUGAAAAGUUGCACACAGGACAGGUUGCUAUCGUUGACCAAUGGAUUUGCACACGUUCAGAAACAUUUGUGGGGAAUAUUUUUUCCAGAUUCAGCAUGCACAUAAAAUGGGAGAGAUCUUUAAUUGGUAAGGGUGGGCCGGAUCACAAUUUGGAUCUCUGCGGUUACAGCAUUAACACCGAUCAGGGGUUGCGUAAGAAGUACAGCGAUAUUCAAGAGGCCCACCUGGAUGAGGAGGCCUUGGAGAAGAUACGCCCCUUGUACAUACGCCUUUCGGAAAAAGAUAGGAACUACCUCAGGACCAUUUGCUACGACUCUACGUAUCACUACCCCCAGAAUGUGAGCAUCUACCGGAGGGGGUACGUGCCCGACCCAUGA